CCUCGCUCGCUCGCUCGCUCGCUCCCUCCCCCCGGCCGGCUCGGCGCUGACUCCGCCGCACGCUGCAGCCGCGGCUGGAAGAUGGCGGGGAACGACUGCGGCGCGCUGCUGGACGAAGAGCUCUCCUCCUUCUUCCUCAACUAUCUCGCCGACGCGCAGAGUGGGGUGUCUGGGGAGGAGCAACUCUGCGCAGACUUUCCUGAGCUUGACCUCUCCCAGCUGGACGCCAGUGACUUUGACUCAGCCACCUGCUUUGGGGAGCUGCAGUGGUGCUCAGAGAACUCUGAGACUGAACCCAGCCAGUACAGCCCCGAUGACUCCGAGCUCUUCCAGAUAACUGACAGCGAGAAUGAGGCCCUCCUGGCAGCUCUCACCAAGACCCUGGACGACAUCCCUGAAGAUGACGUGGGUCUGGCUGCCUUCCCGGCCCUGGAUGGUGGAGAUGCACCAUCCUGCACUUCUUCAGCUUCGCCUGCCCCCUCAUCCUCACCCCCCAGUCCCAGCCCCUCACUGGAGAGACCCCAGCCCCUGGCACCUGAGGUGGAUGACCUCUCACUGCUGCAGAAACUCCUUCUCGCCACAUCCUACCCAGCCUCAAGCUCCGACACCCAGAAGGAAGGCACCGCCUGGCGCCAGGCAGGCCUCAGGUCCAGGAAUCAGCGGCCUUGUGUCAAGAUGGACAGCACCCAAGACAAGAAGGCCCCCACAGUGCAGUCUCAGGGCCGGAGUUGUACAGAACUGCAUAAGCACCUCACGUCAGUGCCAUCUUGCCCCCAGACUAAAGCCCGCUCCCCAGACAGGGGCUUGCAGCCACCACCGGCCCUGAGUCCCCCGCUCCCAGCCAAGGAGGAUGAGGAAGCUAGUGAGGACUGCCCGAGCCCCCAGCCAGCUCCAGCCUUGCCCCAGGACUCCCCAACACCGGGCAGGGCAGGCCCUGGCACCCAGGUGUCCCGGGAAGACAUGCAGGCGAUGGUGCAGCUCAUUCGCUACAUGCACACUUACUGCCUCCCCCAGAGGAAGCUGCCCCCCCAGGCCUCUGAGCCAGCCCCCCAGCCCUGCAGCAGCCCCUCCAAGCAGGUCAAACCCCGGCCCCGGUCCCAACACCCUUCCAAAGGCUCCUGGGCCGAGUUCUCCAUCCUGAGGGAACUUCUGGCUCAGGAUGUCCUCUGCGAUGUCAGCAAACCUUACCGCCUGGCCACACCUGUCUACGCCUCCCUCACACCCCGCCCCAGGCCCAGGCCCCCCAAAGACAGCCAGGCCUCCCCUGGCCACCCAUCCCCUGUGGAGGAGGUGAGGAUCACAGCUUCACCCCGGAGCACUGGGCCCAGACCCAGCCUGCGCCCACUGCGGCUUGACGUGAAAGGACACACUGGCCGGACAGCCAGGCUGCAGCGGGAGGAGGAAGAGGAGGAGGAGGAUGAAGAGGAGGAAGAGGACGAAAAAGAUGAGGAAGAGGAGGAGGAGGAGUGGGGCCGGAAAAGACCAGGUCGAGGCCUGCCAUGGACCAAGCUGGGAAGGAAGCUGGAGAGCUCCGUGUGCCCUGUGCGGCGUUCCAGGAGACUGAACCCGGAGCUGGGCCCCUGGCUGGCGUUCUCUGAUGAGUCUCUGGUCCCUGUGGAGCCCCAGGGAACUCUGCCCUCACUGCGCCUGGCUUCCGAGGCCUACGACGUGGAGGGGGCACUGGGCAGCCCCACAGAUGAGGACAGUGGCCAGGACCAGCAGCUCCCACGGGGACCCCAGAUCCCGGCUCUGGAGAGCCCCUGUGAGAGUGGGUGUGGGGACACGGAUGAGGACCCCAGCUGCCCACGGCUCCCUUCCAGAGACUCUCCCAGGUGCCUCAUGCUGGCCUUGUCACAAAGUGACCCUCCUUUUGGCAGGAAGAGCUUUGAGCAGACCUUGACGGUGGAGCUCUGUGGCACCGCAGGACUCACCCCACCCACCACACCUCCCUACAAACCGACAGAGGAGGACCCCUUCAAGCCAGACAUCAAACACAGCCCAGGCAUAGACAGAGCUCCCAGUCUCCCCAGCUUGGAGGGCCUCCAGCUUGGGCCCGCCACAGCAGCUGCCCCCAAGCUGCCGAAGAAGCAACCAGAACGGAGCGAGCUCCUGUCACACCUGCGGCAUGCUACAGCCCAGCCGGCCUCCCAGACGGGUCAGAAGCGCCCCUUCUCCUGUUCCUUUGGAGACCACGAUUACUGCCAGGUGCUUAAGCCAGAAGGCGCCCUGCAGAGGAAGGUGCUGAGGUCCUGGGAGCCGUCUGGGGUCCAUCUUGAGGACUGCCGCCAACAAGGUGCCCCACGGGCUGAGGUGCAGGCCUCUGCCAGGGAGGAAGACAGAAGCUGUGACAGUGGGGAUCCCGCCAAGGACAACGUGCCCCUGAGAGACCAUGAGAUCCGCGCCAGCCUCACCAAGCACUUUGGGCUUCUGGAGACUGCCCUGGAGGAUGAAGACCUGGCCUCCUGUAAGAGUCCUGAGUAUGACACGGUCUUUGAGGACAGCAGCAGCAGCAGUGGUGAGAGCAGCUUCCUCCUGGAGGAGGAGGAGGAAGAGGAGGAUGAAGAAGAGGACUCAGGGGUCAGCCCUCCUCGCUCUGACCACUGCCCCUACCAGAGCCCACCAAGCAAGGCCAGUCGGCAGCUCUGUUCCCGCAGCCGCUCCAGCUCUGGCUCCUCUUCCUGCCGCUCCCGGUCACCAGCCACCCGAAGGACCUUCAGAUGUGAGAGCAGAGGGCCGUGUUCAGACAGAACGCCAAGCGUCCGGCACGCCAGGAAGCGGCGGGAAAAGGCCAUUCAGGGCGAAGGCCGUGUGGUGUACGUUCGAAAUCUCUCCAGUGACAUGAGCUCCCGAGAGCUGAAGAGGCGCUUUGAAGUAUUUGGUGAGAUUGUGGAGUGCCAGGUGCUGACAAGAAGCAAGAGAGGCGAGAAGUAUGGCUUCAUCACCUACCGGUGUUCUGAGCACGCUGCCCUGUCUCUGAGGAACGGCGCUGCCCUGCGGAAACGCCACGAGCCCUCCUUCCAGCUGAGCUACGGAGGGCUCCAGCACUUCUGCUGGCCCAGACACACUGACUAUGAUUCCAAUUCAGAAGAGGCCCUUCCUGCAUCAGUGAAAACCAAGUACGAAGCCAUGGAUUUUGACAGCUUACUGAAGGAGGCCCAGCAGAGCCUGCAUUGAUAACAGCCUUAACCUUCGAGGAAUACCUCAAUACCUCAGACAAGGCCCUUCCAAUAUGUUUACGUUUUCAAAGAAAUUAAGUCUAUGAGAAGGAGAGAGAGCGAGCGCGUGAGAGAACACACGUGAGAGAGAGAGAGACUUGAAACUGCUGUCCUUUUAAAAAAAAAAAUCAAUGUUUACAUUGAACAAAGCUGCUUCUGUCUGUGAGUUUCCAUGGUGUUAAUGUUCCACUGCCACAUUAGUGUCCUCGCUUCCGGCGGGUGGCCCCGGGUGCGCCUCCAAGUGCUGGGUCAGUCACCCAUCUCCCCUUUCUUCCCGAGAACUUCCCCUCGUAGACGUGCAGCCGUGUUCACCAUAACAUUUCUUGUCUAUAGUAUGUGAUGAUGAAAUUGUUACUCGUGAAUAGAAUCAGGAUUAUAAACUCAUUUUUAAUUGAAGAAAAAAAAAGUAUAUCCUUAAAAUAAUGUAUUUAUGGCUCAGAUGUACUGUGCCUGGGAUUAUUGUAUCGCUUCCUUGAUUUUUUAACUAUGCACUGUUGUGAGGUGUUUGCCACUGAGCUGCUCUGCUCCCUCUGCCAGAAUGCCCUCGAGGUGCUGGGCAGCUGGUGGGUUGGUCCCCAGGGAAGUGUGGCCUGCAGCCACACCAGGAGCAGUGGAGAGAGGUUCUGGGACCUUCCUGCCUAGCUCUGCCCCAUUGCUCACUGAGCACGUGCAGGUCCAGUUAUGGUUGGAGCCCCCAUCUGGUGCCAGCUUGUGCUCAGGGCUUGUGCCUGGCCUGGAGUGCUCAUAUCCUAUCCUGGCCGGCCUUGUAUGGAAGGUGGGGCAAGCUGCAUUGCUCUUGUUUUUCCAGGGGAGGCGGGCAGUGGUCCCAAGAGGUGAGAUGACUUGCCCGAAGUCCCACAGCCAGUGAAAGGGCAGAGCAGUGACCCAGCUGAGGUCUCCUGAUUCCUGGGCCCCUGCUCGUGCAGUAGCUGGGGUAAAGGUACACAGCUCCAGGGACUGGUAGAGGUGAGGGCGGCUACGCUGGGCCACAGGCGAGAAGCCUGUGGGCUUACUCUGAGGGGUAAGUCAACAGCUGACUCACUAGCAUUAGGCAAGUUUAGGCUCGGGCAUGUAUCUUAAUCCAGAGGGUUCUGUGGAUAUCUACACCUGUGGACAUGCCAUCAGAGCUUCAGUGACACACCUGGAGAGGCACAGGCAGGUGAUCUGGGAGCAAUCAUCCCUUUGGGGCCAGCCAUCAACCCAUCCUACUACUACCUUGUCUUUCCCUUGUCUUCACUUGUAAAGCCGUUUUGGUGGCAUGGGGCGAGGGGAGCAGGAGGGGCAUGUGAAGGCCAGGGGUGGAUAAGACAGUCUCCAAGGUCCUUGCCAACUUUGACAACAUUCUAGUUGGGCUUCACUUUAAAAUUUCUGUUCUUGAGUGAUGUCAAACCAUGUCCACCUUGGAUGUUCUGCAGGUGUCUUCGGGGCCAUUCGUGAGGGAAAGCAUGGCCAGGCAGGGUAUGAGCUUGUUACUUCUGCUUCAGACAGAGCGGCUCCACCUUAAUCUGGUUCAUAUGUCAGGGUUCCUUGGGAAAUGUUUGUAUUAAAAAGAAAAGAGAAAGAGUCCUGCUUGCUUUCAAAAUGUUUGAAAUUAACCCAUUAAAACUAAAGAAGCUAAUUUAAUCUAUUGCGAUUGCCAGGCUUAGAAAUUUGAGACUUGGUAGUUGAUUAUUAUUAUUUUUAUCAAAUUAAUCAUUUGAUAAAAUGAUUAUUUUAAUUGAUCAUCAAAUGCCUUAGUAGGUAUGCUGAGCCAAUGAGCUUGUCCUAAGAGGUGAACAUACUCCAAGCCUGCGGAGAAGGCCGGAGGAAACGGGCUUUAGAAGGAAUAGCGAAUUUGAGCUCCUGUGUAUCAAGUCACUUGAUCUCCCUGGGCCCCAACUUCCUUUUCUGAAAGGACUGAGAGGGAGAAGUAGGCAAGUAGAUCCCUAAGGUCCCCAGCCCUCUCUGAAUCUAACCUUCUGCAAAGGUGGUAUCUAGCUCAAGAUGGGAAAUACAUGGCACAUGUGCCACUACUCCCACAUCCUUGGCCAGUGGCAGACAUAACUAAUCGACCACAGUACUCCUGUUCUUUGAGCUUGGUCAUACUUUUAGAACUCUCAACACAGUGCUCUGGGCAGCCAUUACUAACAUCAGAGUUUAACCUAUUUGACAUCCUGGUCUGAUCUUUGAAAGGCUCCCAAUUCUACAGAACCAAAUGGUGACUGGGUUUCAUGCUGGCUCAUCCUUGUCUCUCAUGUCCUGAUCUAAGAGAGAAAAGUCCCCUAAAGCGAUUCAUUGGCACAGGACUCCCAAUAAUACUGUGACACACAACCCCCACUUGGGUGGCGGGUAGAGCAAGUGGAAUAGCAGAUGUGAAAUGUUUGAGGGAGGUGGGGUUUAUGAGGAUAAACCCAAGAAAAGGACUUUCCACAGCACAGACCUGAACGUCGUAAAUUCCUUUUAUAGCUCUUCACUGCCUAGCAUACAGUAGGCACAUAAUAAAUGGUUAUGGAAUGCAAUAGAAUAGAAUUUAAAUCUGUCUGCUGCCUCCCCUGAGUCCUGAUUUGACCAAGGAGUACACUGAGGUUUCAUCCUGUGGAAGCCAAGAGGAAGGAACUCCAGAGUCUGGAGAGCUGGGUUGAGUCUUGGCUCCACCAAGGACUUCGUGACCUUGCUAAAGUCCUCGCCCUCCCCUCCGCACCAGAAGGAGUUGGACUAGAGGUUCUCUAAGCCCCUGCUAUUUGCUUCUUCUUUGCUCACCCUAGGCCAGAGCUUCUACCCUGGGCAGGUGGUACCAGAGGGUAAAGAAAUACCAGGUUGUAGUGGAAGACCAGUCUCUCCCUCCCCUCUUCUGGGUCAGCUGAGGCUGCCCAUCCACUUCAGAUUAAUACAGGGCACUUGAAGUCACUUAGAUACUGCCCCUUGAGCAGAGCAGAGAUCUGAGCAUGGCACUGGGAGGUAACGUGCCUAAGGUCAGGGCUGGCUGCGGUGGGAGAGGAAGCCUGCCAAGACCGCCAAGCAGUUUCUGCUUGCCAUCCCAUCCAUAAAAGGCUACAAGUUCUAAAAGUGACCAAGCCUGCAGACAACCUCUAUCUGGAAGACUCAUUCGGUGCUGUGUAUUAUUAACCAAGGAGACUCCAAGGUCUCUCCAGGAAAACUUGUCCACCUUGGUCUCUUGCCCACCAUAUUAAGGAGUAAACCCAGAGGGAGCAGCGGCCACUGGCAACCAUCUCAUUGUAGCUCUGUCCUAGUAUUUGCUCUGGAUGAUGUUUACAUGUGUUUGCCAUAAAAGCUUACUGUAGACUGUGUUGACAGCCGCCCGUGUGGGGCAGGUUGUACUGUCCGUCUCUGUGCCGUGCUGGUGUUUCCAGAAAUGUCCGAUCCAACCACUAAGUGGAAUUCAUCUCCUUCCUCAGUCGGUACCAGGCUGAAUCAGAAUCCUCACUCUUGGGGGUUCUGGUUGCCUAAGGAAAAUGCAUCAAAGAGGUAAAGAAUAUGAGUGGAUGGAGUGCAGAGAAAGCCGACCACCCCCCCCCCCCGCCCCCCAUUAGCCCACCACAUCUUGCUCCCAAGCCAGGAAACUGUUUUGAGUCAAAGAGCCACGAGUCAGGUGUCUGCAUCUGCUGUGAGGCCUUGCAGUGUUGGCAUGUUGACCGUGCUCAGGGGAGAGGCAGGGCUUUGGGGGCUUCGGGGGGCAGGGGGAGGAAGGGAGGAGCGCUCGGAGGUGCAAACACUCAGUACCCAAGUCCCGAUGCAGGAAGAGAUGCAUAAAGCCUAUGCUCUUAGAGGUUUUGAGCGUGGUCUCUUCUGGGCAGAUGCGGCACGCGUGCCGAGGUGAGGGGGCGGCAGGGAGGGCACUGACACGUCGUCCUCCUGCGUGGGCUGGGGAGGACCUCCUGCCAGGCCUGGGCUUCCGUUGAAAUCACAGCUGAGCCUCCAGCUUGAGGGAGGGGCUGUCCCAGCUGUGAAGCAGAACCAACCCUAGACACUCGGUUGAUCUAACUCCCUGACGUCAAAACCGCAGUGUUUUCUUAGCAUUUGAGAUCUAGCAGUUCCCCUCCAAUAGGACGAAGGGAAGAAAUUGGAUGUACGGUAGCAAAUAAAGUGAACCUCAUGGUUUUGUUGGCCAAAGAAGAGGGACCCCCUCACCCCUUCCCACUGGGGCAGAAGGAGAGCAGUUAGUGCUUGUGUGCAAUAUGUUGGAGCUGGCCCCCGAGUCCCGGGGGGGCAUCUGCCCACAUAGGUGGGCUCCGGGGCUGCCUGCUUGAGUCCGGAGGUACAGGGUAAAUGGAGGGAGAGCUCGGGAGCUGGGAAACCCACAGAAAUGUCUUGGCCUGAAACAGAUGGUGGGGUGGGGGGAGGACCCGUAGGAGGCGGCUGCAGGACGUCCAGGAGGCAGGCAGAGGCUGACUUUGCAUUGAAGCAAUAAAAGCACUUUGAGAAAACCACACUGCAGCCCGGCUCCAUGUUUCUACCCGGCAGAUUCGGGUCUCCCUGGGCUGUGUGAGGGACUCUCCUAGGCCCUGGGCGGGGGUCAGGAGGGGGGCUGGUGGGAGAGGGCAGAGCCAGGCCUAGAGUGAGCCCUCGGCCCGCCUUCUUGUUGGAGGCCCCAGUUUAGAUCUUGGUACCGAUUUUUCAUGGAUGGAUUACAAAGUCAAAGCAGCCCAGCUGACGGAAACGGGUUUCCAGAGCAAGUCACGUAACUAUAUAAGCCAUCUCAGUGAGAGACCCGAUGUUUCUCACUUGCUGUGUGAUCUGGGACCUCUGUUCCCUCCACUAAUGAAGGAGAACAUUGGGCAGAAUGAGCACCAGGGUCCCUUUCGAGCCCAAUAGGCUCGGGUUCCCACCCUGGAGCCCCGGGCGUGGGUCACUAACCUGUGAAACCGAUCCCAUCCUCUGGCUGCGCCCAGCUCGAGGCCUGGGUGAGAGUUCUCUGCGAGGUAACCAACCAGCAGCAGAUUCAAGCCCACCCGGUCCUGGCCGAGCUACCUUGUGUGCAGGCCAGCUCCCCAGGACAGAUCUAAGCCAUAGUUUCUCAUGGGGAUGGUGAGAAGUUCGACCCCAGCUUGGCCAGGUGGCGGUUUCGAAUCUCACAUUAGCCUCGUCAUCGUCCCCACCGAACAGCUUUUAAUCCGAAUGUUGUGAUGACCGCUUGGCUGUUUGUCUCUUGCUCUCAGACGAUACUAGCAAUACACUCUCUCCCCCCCGCCCCCGCAAAACAGCUUAACUUAGGCACUUUUCCAUACAUUUCCUCCAAAUGAUUGUAACACCUCUGGGGCAACAGGGAGGCAUUGAUCACACCGCAUAUAUCUAGGGCAGCUUUUUGCUUUUUGUUUCUGUAAUAAUACAGCAGCGGUGGCUGAGGCUUUGAGAUCCCGGAGGACAGGUUUGCAGGUAUUCCGUGUCCUCAGAACACCUUGCACAUUUGGAAGCAGCGUAGACAUCCGACUCCCCGGACCGGGGGCGCCUUGGAAAAUCCGGUUUUGUUAGGUGGUCCGUCCCUGGGCAGAGCAACACCUCAAAGCCUUGUUUCUAUAGCUGAACCCCCUCUGUGCUGUCUUGUCAAAGGAUCCUGCAAGGAAGCCCAGCGGAGCCGCCUCUUGCGCGUGGCCCGCCGGGCGCCUGGGUGGCUUGUGAAGGGAUUGGUCAGCUUCCACCUCAGCACUUUGCCUUAUCAACGUCUGGUCGCCCUCUAGUGGCCAAGGACUGUCUCCACCAGCUACCCAGAUGGAAGGCAAAGACAUCCUUUCGGCCACCUUGCUGCCCCAACACCCAUUCGGGGAAUUACAUGUCAUGACUUGAGUGAACCGUCUUCUGUGUGUAGAGCCCAAUGUAACACCAGUCAGAAGACUCCAGAAGCAACCACUAAGUAGACUCUUGCACAGACUUGAGAAGCACACUAGUUAUCCUGUGGGCAGAGGAGACAGGAGUGGGCCCCGGGGAGGGGGUGGGGGUUACUCUAACUGCAAUACUAGCAGCUCAGCUGCUGAUCUUGUUAAGUGAACCUCUGCUGGGUGGCCCGCACUGUACCCUUGGGGCAGGCAAAGAGGCUGGGUGUGAGGAUUCUGGGGGCGGGGGGCCUGGCCAUGGCCUUUGAUACGGUCCACUGAAGAGCCAAACAGGUUUUUUGGUUUGUUUUUUUGUAUUUUGUAUUUUAAAAAUGUUGUCAAGUGUUUUUGUGUUAGGAAUAAAAAGUCAUAAACUCUUCCCAACUUCGUUUCUUGAGGGGUGUUCUGAUUCCGAUGGAAACAGGUUGGAAAUCUCAAGGGGUGUGUGGUCAGUGGAACGGGGAGGCGGACCACUUGAAUUUCCAGAUGGUUCCUGGGGGGAAGGUGACCAUCCGGAAGGCUGGCUCAGUGCAGCCUGCUGGGAAAUUCACGCCCACCCCCUUGUGCCACGGUAUUAGCAUUGGCUUUGAGCUUUGAGCACAGCUUCCUCCAGAGGCAGGUGCUAAGGUUGAAACCGACACAAGAUCCCUCUCCCCAACCCCAGGUUUUAAAGAGAUGGUGUCUGUAGCUAGCCUUAAUCGACUGGGCGAGGUGGUCCCUAUGGUCCCUUCCAGCAUUUCCAAAUCUUGGACUCAAAUCUUUUUCUCUUGGUAUGACCGUGCAGCCUAGAGAAUUCUGAGCAAUAGGGAGCCAGGGCUUUCCCCGGCUCUGUGACAGGGUCAAACCAGGGAAUGGCUAAACUUGUUAGGUUUGGGCAUCCCCAGGGGUACUACUGUAGGGGGCAUUAUUGAUUGGGAAGCUCAACAAGGUAACUACAGCCUGGGGUGCGUGAGCGCAAGGCUGUGUAUGUAUGUGCGUGUGUGCGUGUGUGUGCGUGUGUGCCUGUGUGUGUGUGUAUUUGUCUGCUCGUGUGCACGCCUGUGUGUGUAUGUGUGGAAUUACAUUGAUGCAUUUCUUGAGAAAGGUGCAAGAAUUUCACCUACACAGAGGGACACAUCUGCUUUGUUAUUUAUAAUAGAAAGCUAAAUUUUAAUUUUUUAAAGGACACUGCUAAUGAUUGAGAAUCGAGUUUUUAGUUUUGCUAUUUUUUUUAAUUGGUAGAGGAUUUUUAUAUAUUUUUUCCAUUUUGUUGGGUUGUGUCCUUAUUUAUAUAAAUACUUUAUCUGUAAGAGGCAAGGAAGAGACCUUCUUUGCUUUUAAUUAUUGUGGUUGUCAUCGUCCCUAUUUUAUUUCUGGUGUGAUUUAUCUGUCUUACCUUCUAAAUGAGAAACCGUUUUCCUGUAUUUGUACAUUGUCAGAUUCUAUAGUUUCAUAGAUAAUUUAACCAAAUUGCUCUAUGUAUUAUUAUUCCGUGAGUAUAAAGUUCUAUUUUAAUGUCUGUAAAUACUUCAAAACUGGCUUCUUUUCUCAGACUCCCACUGUGGGGUUAUUGUUUACAUCACAAAAACUGUAGAAUCUCUAUGCUCAUGUACUGUAAAUAGUGAAGUGAUCUGCUUAUAAAUAAACUUAACAAAUACACUAUGGAGAUUAAAAAGAAAAUACCACGACA